UCCAACCAGCGGCGCCACUAGUCUUUACUUUCUUUCCAAGCUCACCCACCUCUCUCACCUCUCACACCCUUACCCUUUUUCUCAAUAUAUAUAAAUCUCCAUUCCCUUCCCCACCCCCACUUUCCCUCUCUCUUCUCUUCUCUUCUUAUUUUAUUCCAAUAACCCAAUCACUCUCUCGCUCUCAAUUGGUUAAUCCUUACAAAAACAAAAACAAAAAAACACAAUGAAGGGUGAAUACGUAGAACAACAUACUAAGAAUGAAACACCACCUAGUAUGUUCUCAAAGCUUCAGCCUCACCCCUUCCAACACCACCCUUUCCAACUCCCCACCGAGGAACCCACCGCUACACCCACAACCGCUCAGAAGGCCAACUCCUCCGGCGGGGGCGACGGCGCCACCAUUGAGGUCGUGCGGCGUCCCAGAGGUCGUCCUCCCGGCUCCAAAAACAAGCCCAAGCCACCCGUUAUCAUAACCCGGGACCCCGAACCCGCUAUGAGCCCCUACAUUCUCGAAGUUUCCGGAGGAAACGACGUCGUCGAUGCCAUCGCGCAGUUCAGCCGCCGCAAGAACAUGGGCAUCUGCGUCCUCACCGGCUCCGGAGCCGUCGCCAACGUCACGCUUCGUCAACCCUCCACCACCCCCGGCGCCACCGUUACUUUCCACGGCCGCUUCGACAUACUCUCCGUCUCCGCCACCUUCCUCCCGCAGCAGUCGCCGCCGGUUCCCAACGGCUUCGCCAUCUCGCUCGCCGGGCCGCAGGGGCAGAUCGUCGGAGGACUCGUCGCCGGCGCGUUGAUCGCCGCGGGGACGGUGUUCGUGAUAGCCGCGUCGUUCAACACCCCCGCGUACCACAGGCUUCCGCCGGAGGAGGAAGGCACCUCCGUCGGGGAUGGACAUUCGCCGGCGGUGUCCGGCGGAGGAGACAGCGGCGGGCAUGGGCAGGCGGAGUCGUGCGGAAUGUCCAUGUACAGCUGUCACUUGCCCUCUGAUGUUAUUUGGGCUCCGACGGCGAGACCACCUCCUCCGCCACCACCUUACUGAUCGAUCAAUCACGAUGCUUCCGUUUCUCUCUUUUUCGAGGUUAAUUAACUUUGAACUAUUGUAAUCAUUUUUAUGUGUUGGUCUGUUUAAUUUGAUUUAGAUGGUGUAGUUGGAAUUAAUCCUUGGUAUUAGUUUAAUUAAGUUUAUAAAUGGAAAGACUAGCUAGUGGUUAGUUACUAUUUGAAGUUAUGUAGCUAGGGUGGUUUCUUUGCGGCGCUAACCAGUAACUAAAUGGAUUGAUCUCCAGCUUCUUCAAUAUCAACUAUUAAGAGUUAUUAAUUGUUUAUUGAGUUUGUUUAAUUAAUGUUAGUGAUGCUCAUAUAUAUAUUUAUAUAUAUGUGAGAAAGUGAAAAGGUGGUACGUUAUUUAUGCUUGUAAGAAAAGGAAAGUCAGAAAUGGGUUAUGCCGGUUACCCUUUCUCUAUCAGCCUUGGGAAUAGGCCAUGAUCUUGUGCAUAUUUUGGGUGAUGGGGUUACCCUGUUCACAUUUGGUCACAAUGUGGUUGGUUGGUUGGUUUUGGUUAGAGUAGAUUUUCGAAAGUGGUUUGGUUGGGGUGUUGCUUUGAAGUUUGGGAGUCUGAGAAUAUCUGAGGACUGACUCUGAUGCUGUGCACAUCUGCACUCACUGCUGUGAAUGGUUAUUGGAAGACGAUAACGCUGUAGCCUCUGAAUGAUGGAGAUGACAAAUUUGCUUUCUUGGUUUAUGGCAGUGGAGAACGUGGCUAGGGUUGUGCCUGCCAGUUUCUUUUCAGCAGUUUUGCUUUGCUUUAUGGAAUAAGUUCUUUCUUCAUAUCACUUCAGAACAACCUCUCACCCUCUCUUCUCAUCUUUAUCUCUCCAUCUCAUUACUUUAUAUCUGAUCUAUCUGUACUUUCUUUUGUCUCUUUCUCAUCGGCCCCUCUGAUAUGCAAUUAAAGAGAAAGAGAAAACUUGAUAAAAUUAAAGACCUCAAUUGCUACAA